GAUUGAGGGAUCUCGAGCUCGGUGUUUCCACAAAUUCCUGCCGAAAAAUGGUGCAAUCAUUGAAUGCGAAGGCAUUGGCAACCUUGGCGUACGUGCUGAGACAUCCAACGUUAAUUGUUCCGCACGUAUCGGUGGCAAAUGUAUCUGAACUCAAUUACAGAGCCAUGAAGGAAUGCGCAGGUAUUCGUGCGAUUUUGUUUGACAAGGACAAUACUUUGACCGCUCCCUACGACAUGACUGUGCAUCGGGAUGCAGCGAAGGGACUGAAAAGGGCGAAAGAAAUAUUUGGAGCAGAAAACGUAGCAAUUAUGAGCAACAGCGCUGGAACAAAGGACGACCCAGGCUACGAGGACGCCAAAAUGAUCGAAGAAGCAUUGGGGAUCGCUGUGAUUCGGCACGACGAGAAAAAGCCAGGAGGACUGGACGAGGUCCUAAAACAUUUUGAUGUAGACGAUCCCGCCACCUUGUGCAUGGUCGGAGAUAGACUAUUGACGGAUGUUGUUUUCGGUAAUCUUCAUUCCAUGCUCACUAUUCACACUUUGCCUUUGUGCAAAGGAGCGGAAAACCGGCAAGACAACACCCCUUCCAAGAUUAUUCGAUACAUUGAAAACAAAGGACUCUAUGGAAAUUGGUUCGGAAGCCGGAUGUUGUACAGAAAUCACGAUUCGAAACACAAGUACUGGUCUGGGGAAAAAGAACAUUCGUUAAAAAUAUCGAUUGAAGAAUCUGCUGGCGACGGCACAGCACAAUUUUAGGCACAAAUAUUGAGGGAUCACAAGACUUGAACUAGUAGCUUCUGUAUGGUUUUGCGUGGCUUUUUCUUCAUUUUUCGUCUGAACAUAAAGCACUAUCUGCCAAACUAAUGAGUUAACUCAGGGUUCGCUUGAAUGAAUCAGUCGUUGUUCAGCUAUGAAGAGAAACUUUUUCCGACUAUACUUUUAUCGAGAUUGGCAUUCGCAAACACCACGCGAUUAUUCCGUCUAUAUGCAUACAACACAUAAAAUUCCUUUCUACCCACAAGAAUAGUAAUGUUCUUCCUUCCUUCACUUUUUGUCAUGGCGGUAUCAGGGGAGGAGAAAACUUGCGUUGUCGAUUUGGUUUUGUUUGCGGCAUCACAUCGUCCUUGAUCCAAGAUCGAAUGAGACCAUGUGAAACGCUUAGUGACAAAGAGCUUAAUCUCUUUGCACUUGCCUUUUCCUUUUCGUAAUUUAAGAGUGCUUGAUUUAUUGAAUACACCCACUCGUCUCUUUCGACCUCUCCAGAGCAGCUGAAAAUACGUGUAAUCUGGAGUGAGCUUUCUGGGUUUACAGAUUUCUUGACAUGAUAUAUUUUGAACCGAAACGGACGUUUGCUGUUCCUCUUGUCAUCACCAAGAUUGUUGUCUGGAAGGAUAACUGCAGAAUCUAAUGAUAUUACAGUGGAUGGAGAGGGCGAGUGAUAAUCCCAGAAGAUUUGUAGGAGUGGAACAUCCACUUCGUGCCCAUCUGUCCUAGCUUUCUGAAAAUAGUAUAGUAGUUUCGUUCGAUGGACAGUCAAAAUUAUGUCAAUGUGCUAUUGCUUCCACAAAGUCUAUAUACGGGUCACAACAUAGUUUUCUUACCACAAGAACAGCCCACCGUGGUUUCCAAGCUUUCGAUCCUAUCCAGUCGAACCCCGAGCCUUUCUUGUCGAGAUAUCCGUGGAAAACGACACUCUUGAUUCUAUAUGCAGUGCCCAAUGCAAGGACCCCAGGAAACAUACGGUCGAUAUUGUCCAGAUCCUCGGUAUCAUCGUCAUUGCUGUCUUCCGACUGCACUUGAAAGAGGCUUCCAUAAUGCUGAUAGUGAGUCGAAGAUUUCUUAAAAACAACUACACGGUUUGGAUCAAUGCAGUGUUUUCGGCUACAACAUGGACAAACACCGUCAUGACUCGCAUUAGAAAAUUUAUUGUUGCCGAUAGCCGAAACGUCCAUGUUGAAGGGUGGAUUUUCUCCACGACUUGUCAGGGAUUCCGAUGUAUCGCGAAGAAUACUUUCGCUCUCCCUGCAUGUACCGAUGGUGAAGGUCAUUCUAUCCUUUGCGGUGCUAGAGAUACAGGGCAUGACCAUUACUACUCCCACAUUAUCUUGAGUUUUGCGGUUGAUGGUGUGGCAGUGCGGUACAGUGACUGAUCCGUCCGGGUAAGUGCGAAUUUAAGUUCCAAAUAUACAGAGUACUACUACCUACCAGAUCUAGCAUUCUCAAUCGAUUUGAAUCUGCCUUUUUUCGUGCUUCGGAUUUUAAGUACGAACCCGUUGUAGCUUUGUUCUCAAUUAUCAAGUUGAAAGAGCAUCGCGGGACUAAAGUUUCAUUUUAUAAAGUAACAGACCUGAAAAACAUACUACUAUUCAAAACAUAUUGUAGCUGACAUAACAAAUUGAAAUUCUUACACGAGGUAACAGAUUUUCGCGUACCCUUCUUGUUCUGAUUAUCAAUCCCCGUUGAAAGCAAGGGACCCCAUUCCUGGUCGGUCAAUCGAAAUAGCGCUAACGUCACAUCAAAGUUCUAACAUCUUUCAGCUCUUUCGGUUAGAACAUACAAUACCGUAUCGAGCAACGGAAAUGUACACUAAUCGUUGUGUUUCGAUUUGACAUGGGCACGUUCUAUCGAAAUAAGCUCCUGUAACCUGCGAAAGAUCGGAUAGCCGACCAAGAAAAUCAUGACUCCCCACAGACUUGCUGGUACCAUCCCAAGCUCUAGCAGUUUCACAGCGUUGUGGACACCUACAGUAGCCUCAAUUCCAUGUGCAACAACCGAAAACCAAAAGGCACCGCAAAUUGAAUAUGAAAAUGUCCUUGGAGAUCCAAAUAUAGCAGUUAAAGUUCU